AUGUUUAACAGAACUAUGAAUGGUGGUGGAAAUGGUUCCCUUUUUGGAAACCUGAACACAUCGACACCGACAUCUACACCAAUACCGAACGCAAAUCCACAGCAAUUACCUAAAACUGAUGGCUUAUUUGGUAAGACUUUGAAUGCAGGGAAUAUUGGAACAUCUACUCCAAGUCCUGCUGGCGGUCCUUUAUUUGGUGCCAACAAUACAAAUAAUAACAACAAUAAUAACCAAACUAGCUUAUUUGGAAAUAGUAACAAUAACGCUAAUAUGAACCAGCAACCUGCUCAGGUACCAACUGGCGGAUUAUUUGGUAACUCUGCAACGACCAAUAACAACAAUAACGCCGGUAGCCUUUUUGGAAAUACAAACACUAAUCAAGGAAAUAUGAUGGGAGGCGCUCCCACGGGUCAAUCUUUGUUUGGUAAUUCAAAAACAGCAACUGGUGGUGGUGGUUUAUUCGGUAAUUCAAGUACAAAUAAUACUAUGAACAAUUUUUCAUUGGGCGGUUCCAAUUCAAAUACGUUAAAAACUGGAUUUGGAACAGGAAACUCAUUAGGUUCCUCUGCUGCAACUGGAGGACUGUUUGGAAAUUCCACAGGUACUACUACAACUCAACAGCAGCAACUUCCACCAACUGGAUUAUUUGGUAACAUCACAAACAAUACUUUCCAGCCACAGCAGCAGCAGGCACAACAACUAACCUCGAACCCAUACGGACUGAAUAUUAACAAUAUAUCCGCACCCGUAGCAACUAUGCCAGAAUCCAUUACCGGUAGUUUAUUAAAGGGAAACCUUAAGAAGUCAACAAAUGAUGAUGCUCAUAACAAUAAUAAUUAUAGGAAUGCUCACCGGUCUUCUUCUAUAUCGUCUACUAUUGCAGCAUUACCGCCUGUGUCACGUUCAUCCUUAUUUAAUAAAUUAAACACAAGAUUAAACACCAUACAUGACGUCUCAACAAGAGGUUUAUUUUCAUCUCCAUCUCCAUAUAACGAAAGAUCAAACCCAUCAACUUCAAAAUUUAAUAAUCCGUUAAACUCACAAAACUUGAACCUGGGUUCAAAUUCAAUCAAAGAUUUUUCCUUUAUAUCUUCUAAUCGAAGAAAUGAUAUUUCAGAAUUACGUAAAUUGAAAAUUGAUUCCAAUAGAAUUGCCGCCAAGAAAUUAAAACUAUUAUCAGGUGAACCAAGCAUAACAAAACAAGAAGCAAUGGAAGACAAAAAUACCAUUAAUACCAAUACUGAAGAUCCUUCAUCUCUCCAAGAAAAGGGGUCUCUUAAGGACAUUAACGACAACAAAGAGAAUAUAAUUGGUAAUGCUAUGCCUCAAGUAAAUGGGGUUGAAGCCGCCACUGACAUCUCGCCCGAACAACAACUUUCGAAACCAACUAAUGACAAUGGAUAUUGGUGUUCACCAUCUCCUGAUCAAUUAAGAGACAUGCCUUUGAAAAAAUUAACAUCAGUUUCUAGUUUUGUCAUUGGUAGGAAAGGUUAUGGUUACAUUACAUUCAAUGAUACAGUUGAUUUACUUGCUUUAAUCAAUGACAUUGAGAAUAAUUUAUUUGGUAAUAUCGUUAUCUUCCAUUCUAGUAAGACUGUAGAAGUUUAUCCUGAUGAAUCUGAAAAACCACCAAUUGGGUAUGGAUUGAAUGUCCCAGCUACAAUCACUUUAGAAAAUAUUUAUCCUGUUGAUAAAGUUACUAAGAAAGUAAUGAAAAAUGCUUCUAAUAUUAAUGAAAUUCAACUUUUAACUAAGAAAUUGAAAACAAUGAGAGGUAUGGAAUUUAUAUCUUAUGAUCCAUUCGGUGGGAUUUGGACUUUCAAAGUUAAACAUUUUAGUAUUUGGGGAUUAAUUGAUGAAGAAGAUGUUGAAAUUAGCCAAGAAGAAAUUGACAGUAUGAAAAACCAACAGAAAAAAGAAAAGGAAAGAGAAGCAAAAGAAGAUGAUGUUACUACUUCCAAACAAUUAGUUAUCAUGUACAAUAAAGCUGACCAACAACAACAAGAACAACAACAACUUCAAAUGAACCCAGAAGCUAUAGAAGAAGAAUUUGGUGAAGAAAGAUUAGAUGAUUUGAUUGUUGAAGAAAAACAAUACGAACCCGAUGUUACAGAACAAGAUUUUGAAGGUUUAGAAGCUGAUCCAUCAUUAGAUAUAGCUAAUGAUUGGGUAGAUCAAUUACAUUUAGCCGGUUCAUCUUUACGUUCAGUUUUUGCAAAAUCAUCUGCUAUUAUCAAACCAGGUAAUGAUGAAAUUGAUUUAUUGUUUUCUGAUUUUAAUGAAGAAUUUGAAAAAGAGAAAAAAAUUAAAAAGGAAAGAAGAUUAGUUUCACCAUAUCAUUUUGGUAAAUUUACAAAUAAUUAUACCUUUCUUUUGAAGAAUGUAAACAAAAAAACUGGAGUUCAUAAUUCUUUAUUAUCAUCUACAUUGAAAGAUAAAUUGAUUUUAAAAGAUAAAAAUUUUGAUUUACAUUUGGCUCAUGUUACUAUUGAUAAAAGAGAUAGUAAUGCAUAUCCAAUCAUUAGAGCAAAUUCGUUACAAUUUAAAGAUCUUAUUUCUCUAGUGAAUAAAGCUGACAUUGCAGAAAAAAAUGUCUGGGAAUUAAGUUCUAUAUUAUUUGAUAAUAUUGAACUUAAUUACAAUGUUGAAGAUGAAAAUGUGAAAAUGGUCUUAUUAAAGAACAAAAGGCUUGAAACUUUGAAUUCAUGGAUUGUUAAUCAAGUUAGAGAUGAACUUGAAUUCAAAUUACGCGGGUGCACUGAUGUCUUGGAUCAAAUUUUUAUCUAUUUACUUUUGAAUGAUGUUACGAAUGCUACCAAGUUAUCCAUUAAGAGCUCAAAUGGUCAUUUAGCUAUUUUACUUACAUACUUAGGUAGUAAUGAUCCAAGAGUUCGUGAAUUAGGAUUAUUACAAUUGAAUGCGUGGAAAUCAAAUGGUCAAAAAGUGGAUUCCAAGAUUGUAAGGAUUUAUCAAUUAAUUAGUGGAACAUUAUUUCAAGAUAGCUCUAACUUAGAUAAAUUACUUGAUGAAUUUAGUUGGUUAUCAUUAUUAGGGUUAUCAUUAUAUUAUUGUAAGAUUGAUGAAUAUAGUUUGGAAGAUUUAAUUUUGGCACAUAUUUCUUUAUUUUCACCAGUUGUUGGCGAUAAAAAAAUUUAUUAUCUUUUCCAAUUAUUUGGUGUUGGUACAGAUUCCACUGAGAAUUUAUUUAAAGAAAUUCAAUUAAAAUCAAAUGAUAUUGAUAUUCAAUUUUCAUGGUAUUUUGUGCAAAUUUUAAAAUUUAACAAAAUCCGAUCAUUUUCUGCUGAAUUGCUUGACUUGUUUAGUUUGCAAUUUAUUGAAGAUUUAACUCAUUGUCAAUGGUAUAAGGAAGCACUGUAUGUGUCAUGUUUUAUCUCCAAUGAGGCUGUUAAUAAACAACAAAUUGAUUUAAUAUUAAACCAAAAGAUUUCUACAUUAUUUAAUGAUACAUCUAAUAUUUUAGAAGAUUUGAAGAUUCCAUCCACACUAAUUCAUAAUGCAUUGGCGUUAGUUGAUAUAUACAAUGGUGAUAAUUUAUCUGCUGUUGAGAAUUUAUUAUCAGCUAAAUGUUAUAUGGAAGCUGAAAAAGUUAUGCGUACCGUUGUUGGACCACAUCUACUAUUACUACAUUCAAGUGAUGCAACCGCUACUAAUAAUGGCAAUUUAAUUAUACUUCGAAAAUUAAUAUCUAGUUUCCCCAAAGAGAGUAUGUCUAAUUGGAUUAAUGGACUUUCAGUUUUUGAAAAUUAUUUGAAAAUUACACUUGAUAAUGAAACAAAUAAGACGGUUGUGGAAUGUUUACUUUCCGAAUUGAUUAUAUUUUAUGAAAAUAAUAAAUAUUAUAGAGAUGUUCCAAUUUGUUGUAAUAUAAUAUCCAAUGAGAUUGUUGAUUUAAUACUGGAAAAAUUUAAGAAGGAAGUUGAUGAAAAUUAUAAAAAAAGCUAUUAA